UACCAGUUGGUGCAGUCUCCUACAUGCUGGCAAUUCUGGUUGCUCCGCAUACAGAUAAAAUAAGAGGGGUGCGAAAGGAUAGGGCAAAAGACAAAAAUAGUCUAGGAUUUGAAUGUGAUUCAUUUGGUUUUUUCGUAGCUCUAUUCCACUCUCUCUUCUAUUUAUAUUGAGAAGAACCGUCAAGUAAGAGAGCAGAAUUGCGUUGUCAUUCUCUUUCUCUCUAUCACUGUAACUGUAAUUAGUAAUAAGUAGCCUUUGUAAGAAAGCCAUUUGAGGUUGGCUUCAAAAAGAGAAGACUGAAGAUGAAUGUAUCAGCUUCUGAAUAUAGUGGUGGUGGCUGUGAAUCUGGUUGGACAUCAUACCUGAACCAAUCGUCUAAUUCAAAACAUCAAUAUCAGGGUUUUGGUGGGUUUGUUGAUGGAGAUUAUGCAAGAGUAGAGGAAGACCAAGAGGAGGAUUUGUCUAUGGUUUCUGAUGCAUCCUCUGGGCCUCCUCAGUAUUGUGAAGAUGAUGAAUACGGCUGUGAUAAAUUGGCCAAGAAGAGCAAAAGCAAAAAGAAGAGCAAGGAAUAUGGUCGAAGCAAACAGCAUUCAUAUCUUGACGACACUGCUAGCUCUCCUGCGUUGGGCAAGAAAGUGAACAAUGAAGGCACAACGGAACAUGUCCUGGAAUUCUCCCAAGGUUUCUCUGCAACACAUUUUAAGGGGAAAUCCUCACUCAAGAAGCACCUUGGAUUCUUUCAAUCCUCCCAUUCUGAAAAGGCAGCUUCAAAAGAACCAGGUGAUUGUCAGGCAAGAAAAUGGAAAUGACAAAUUGUAAUGAUUAGCAUCUUUUGUCUCUGCCACUGCAGUUGCUCUAGACUCUGGAGAGAGAAAUGGAAGGAGUGUAUAAGGGGGGGGGGGGGGGGGGGAAAGUCAUUGGAUCUCAAAUAGAUUUUGUUCCUUUGUUUUUAUUUUUGUUUUUUCCAGUUCUACUCCUUUUUUUAUUUCUUCUUGUCAAAGCAGUGGGAAACAACAUGCGUACAUAAAAAAAAUAAACUAGUUAUCUGCUUUAAGGCA